AUGGGUGUUGAAACAUCUUCCUCUGGAACUCAACAUUUCAGUGAUGACGGUUGUGUAUCUUCAAGGAAGCCAAAUGCUACUGUAAGCUUUGAGAAGCCUGAGCGUGCUAACGAGCUGAAGAAUCACAAAAUCUAUAAAAAGUCCAAGGCUUCAUGGUUACAGAGAAAUCAAAUUUUACUAGCAUCUUCAUUGUUGAACGCGUUGUUCAUCUUAAAGCAAAUUCCCUCAUUUCAAUCACUCGUUAAUAAAUUCUUUCAUUUACAGUACAAGAACUUAGAUGGUACUUAUGAUAUUGGUAAAGACGACUAUUUUUUCGUUAUUUACUGGAUAAUCAACUUGACUAUUAUUCGCAGUGUCUUGAUGGAUUGGGUCCUAGAACCCUUGGCAAUUAAGAUAGUUGGGAUUAACAAUAGAAAAGCUCUUACCAGAUUUAAAGAACAGGGUUGGUCUUUAUUCUACUACACCACGUCAUGGACUGUGGGCUUCUAUUUAUACUACAAGUCCGACUAUUUUUUCAAUUGUGAUCAUAUUUUCAUCGGCUGGCCCAACAAUAAGCUGGAUUUCUACUUCAAAUCUUACUACUUGAUUCAAAUGUCAUGUUGGCUCCAGCAGAUCGUUGUUUUGAACAUAGAGGAGAGAAGAAAAGAUUAUGUUCAAAUGUUCUCGCAUCAUAUAAUAACCUGUUUGCUGAUUAUUGGCUCUUACUACUAUUACUUUUUACAGAUUGGACACGUCAUUUUGGUUAUGAUGGACAUUGUUGACGUUUUUCUCAGUCUUGCCAAAAUGUUAAAAUACUGUGGUUACAGCACUCUCUGCGACGUGAUGUUUUUCAUAUUCUUGGUUUCAUGGAUAGCUAUAAGACACGUGUGUUACAACUACGUGUUCUGGCACACAUGCACCAAGUCUAGGGAUCUAAUGAACGCAGAUUGUUCCAGGUACGCAAUCUACGGAGGUCCCUUGGACGUUACUCCAGUACGAUGCUAUACAGAUAGUACCAUUAGAUACUUCAUUUUCCUUCUUGGAGGUCUCCAAAUUAUCACACUAAUCUGGAUGUACCUCAUUCUAAAAGUUUUCAUAGGGGUAAUAACGGGCAAAGGUGCUGAAGACGUUAGAAGUGAUGAUGAGGAGAGUUCUUGA